GGCCUACAUGCAUCAAUAAAACACAUAUUUGGCGAACAUGAUAACUGCAAUGAAACUUGGUGUGGAUACCUUAAAGACAAGGAUUCCUAUAUCCAUUCAAAUCUUCCUCGUGGAAAAGACCUAUGUUCGUCUGAACACAGAUCAGAUCUUGAGAAACUGUUUAUUCAAAAAAUGGUUCCACAGUCUAAAAAGCUAUCUAACUUGGGCUCAUCACAGGCAAAUGAAAGCUUUAAUAACUUAAUUGCUCUCAAAGCUCUUAAAACCAAACAUUUCUCCACAUCAGCAUCUUUAAAUUACAGAGUCAGCUCAGCCGUACUCCAAAAGAAUGAGGGUUAUAAUUAUGUUGCUGAGUUAAACACAUCUAUAGGCCUGUCACCUGGAAAUGAGACCCUAAGCAGGGGUAAUAAAUUAAACAAGAAGAGAGAGGGCAACAAAAACAGAUUAAAAAGCAAACAGGGAAAAAAACAACAUAAAGUUCUCAAAAAGAAACGCCUACAAAAAACAACAGUGGCUGAAGUCAAAGAAGGGAGAACAUACCACAGUUCAAUCGGGUUAGAAGAUUUUGCAACAAUAGACAUAGAAGAAAUACCUGCAGUUCCUGAAGCUGAAACCUUUACAACAUAGAUGAUGCACCAAUAGUUUGUUUUGAUUUAAAGACA